GUACUGGCCUCCCAGUGUUUCUAGUUGAAGGCCUCCUUAGCAACGAGGAGAGUGAAGCGAUCCAAACAGCGGCAAUGUCCGAGGGACUGUCCCGAAGCCUGACCGCGAAUGACAAACAGUUCAUGACGAAGCGCAGGGCAUUGAAGCUCUUCAAAGAGAUGGAUGCCAACCGAGAUGGAUUGCUGGAUGAACAUGAGCUUUCCGAAUUUGUUCGGGAGGCAGCAGACAUGGUCGACCUGAACUACACCGCUUUCUUGGAAGAUCAGCUGAACCUGCCAGACGCCGCCAAAGCUGCGGCCGCUGGUAGGAAGGUGCGUAAGCAAGAGGUCAAGGCAGUCAAUUGGCCAGCUUUCUUCAGCAGCUGCGUUUCAGAGCACCCAGAAUGGUUUGCACGCCAUUCCAGCCAGGCCUGGCUAAGGUAUUCGGACCACCGUUUUCUCCGUGGCAUUUUGGACAAAGUUGCCGCAGUCACAGGGUUGGAGCCGGCCUGGGUCCGCAGCAUUGCAGAAGACAUGCAGGUGCUCAACUACGCUCCAGGUGGGGGGCACUACUCGUGCCACCACGACACGGGCAUCGAAGCUCUGGAUGCAGCUCGUUUCAUGACGGUUUUCUUCUUCCUGAAUGACGUGCCAGAUGGCGGCGAAACUGUUAUGUUUGGCACCGACCUCAAUGCCAGCCGCUCGAAAGAGUACUUCCUAGCAGAUGAGGAUGUCUGGGGCGAGGUUGAGGCUCAGUGCCAAUCAGUUCGCAGCUGCCCACAGCAGCCUGGCGCAAAACCUCCGCCUCCAUUCUCUACAGCUCUCGUGCUGCGGCCACGGAGAGGGAGUGCUAUUUUCUGGUACAACAUGGAGGUGGACGCCGAAGGAGGAUUACAGCGCUUCUUCUGGCAAAGCAUCCACGGCGGGUGUCCGACCCGGCGCACUGAAAAGUGGGCAGCAAACAUUUGGCUUCGAGUUCGGUCCAUGCGGGACGAGCUGUGA